AUGGGGUUUGGCCUCAGGGUUUGGGGUCCAGGCAGGAGGAGGGAGGUGGGGGUCUGGUGUGUGUUUCCCCUCCUCCUCUUCCUCCUCCUCCUCCUCUGCUCUGGAGGUGAGUGCGAGGCUGAAACGCCACCGGCUCCAGGAUCCACGGACGCCGCGGACGCCACGGGGGUCCGCCCGUUCCACAAUGACCCCCAGGAGCCGCAGGCCUUCCCAGACCAGGAGCAGGCCAACCUCCCGGUCUUCACCAUGGACUACGCUCGGAUCCAGGUGCCCUUUGAGUUCACGCUGUGGGUGCUGCUGGCCUCCUUCGCCAAAAUAGGCUUCCACGUCUACCACAAGAUCACGGUGUGGAUCCCCGAGUCCUGCCUCCUCAUCGGCAUCGGGCUCAUCGUGGGCGGCAUCAUGUACUCGGUGAAGGAGCAGCCGCCCGCCGUGCUGAGCUGCGAGGUCUUCUUCCUCUACAUGCUGCCGCCCAUCGUCCUGGACGGCGGGUACUUCAUGCCCACGCGGCCCUUCUUCGAGAACGUGGGCACCGUGCUGUGGAACGCCGUGGUGGGCACGCUCUGGAACUCCGUGGGCAUCGGCCUCUCGCUGUUCGCCAUCUGCCAAAUCGAUGCAUUCGGACUGCAAGACAUCAACCUGCAGGUGAUCACAGGGACUCACAGGGAUCACAGGGACUCAGAGGGAUCACAGGGACUCACAGGGAUCACAGGGACUCACAGGGAUCACAGGGACUCACAGGGAUCACAGGGACUCACAGGGAUCACAGGGACUCAGAGGGAUCACAGGGACUCAGAGGGAUCACAGGGACUCAGAGGGAUCACAGGGACUCAGAGGGAUCACAGGGACUCAGAGGGAUCACAGGGACUCACAGGGAUCACAGGGACUCAGAGGGAUCACAGGGACUCAGAGGGAUCACAGGGACUCACAGGGAUCACAGGGACUCAGAGGGAUCACAGGGACUCACAGGGAUCACAGGGACUCAGAGGGAUCACAGGGACUCACAGGGAUCACAGGGACUCAGAGGGAUCACAGGGACUCACAGGGAUCACAGGGACUCAGAGGGAUCACAGGGACUCACAGGGAUCACAGGGACUCAGAGGGAUCACAGGGACUCACAGGGAUCACAGGGACUCAGAGGGAUCACAGGGACUCACAGGGAUCACAGGGACUCAGAGGGAUCACAGGGACUCAGAGGGAUCACAGGGACUCAGAGGGAUCACAGGGACUCAGGGAUCACAGGGACUCACAGGGAUCAUAGGGACUCACAGGGAUCACAGGGACUCAGAGGGAUCACAGGGACUCAGAGGGAUCACAGGGACUCAGAGGGAUCACAGGGACUCAGGGAUCACAGGGACUCACAGGGAUCAUAGGGACUCACAGGGAUCACAGGGACUCACAGGGCACUAUGAUGACAUCAUCACCUGUGCCAUAACCAUGAAGUACUAUGUGGAGGAGAACGUGUCGCAGCGCUCCUGCACCACCAUCCGCCACAUGGUCAAGGUCCUGGCCAGCGUCUCCGAGACCCUCAUCUUCUUCUUCCUGGGCGUGGUCACCAUCACCACGGAGCACGAGUGGAACUGGGCCUUCAUCCUCUUCACGCUGCUCUUCGCCUUCGUCUGGAGAGGCCUGGUAUAA